AUGGGGGCCAAACAGUCAAGGACCAGCUCCAGAGACAAGGACCCCAAGAGGCUGCUGCCAGGGAAGAGACAGAAGUUCUCUUCGUGGGAUGACGCCCUGCUCUUGGGGAAGGACCCUCGGUCCCUGCUGAAGCGUGGCAUGCGGCACGUCAGCUUCAGCUUGGUCACCAAAGGGAUGACGGACUUUCCAGACUUUCUGUGGGGCUUGUUGGAAGUCCAGAAACUCAAUCUGUCCCACAACCAGCUCCAAGUCCUCCCUCCUGAGGUGGGCAGGCUGACCCGGAUUGUGGUCCUGAACUUGUGUGGGAAUCGCCUCAAGAGUCUGCCCAGAGAAGUCAGUCUCCUCCAGAACCUCAAGGUCCUGUUCCUCAAUAUGAACUGCCUGGCAGAGGUGCCCGCCGAACUCAGCCUGUGCAGGAGCCUGGAGGUGCUGAGCAUGUCACACAACUCCCUGUCCCAGCUCCCAGCCAGCUUUGCAGACCUCUCCAGACUGCGGAAGCUGAACCUCAGCAACAACUAUUUUGCUCACAUACCGGUCUGUGUCUUCUCCCUGAAGGAGCUGGAUUUCUUGCACGUGGGCUCCAAUCGCCUGGAAAACAUCGCAGAGAGUAUCCAGUGCCUGGCUAGCUUGCAGAUUUUCAUUGCAGAGAGCAACAACAUCCACUCCUUCCCCAGGUCGCUCUGUCUAGUCACCAGCCUGGAGCUGCUGAACCUGAGCAACAACGACAUCCAGACCCUUCCGGAUGAGCUCUACUUGCUCUGCAGACUGGGGAGGAUCGCAUGGAACCCCAUGGACAAAGGGUUGCACAUUUCCCAUAACCCUUUAUCCAAGCCCCUGCCGGAGCUGGUGGAGGGUGGCUUGGAGAUGCUCUACAGCUACUUGAAGGACAAAAAGCACAAUUGAC